AUGAACAGGGUAAAGAAGCAAAUGGAUAAUGUGAGGAAGAAUAUGGAGGCCGUAAAGAAGCACGAGGGAGUCUCGAAGGUAACCAUGAAAGUCUCAAAGUCGAGUGCGAAUGGCUCCAAGGUGUCUAUGAAGAUAUCAAACCUGGUAUGGAGGGGUUCGAAGAAAGAUAUGGAGGCUUGGAAAAAGCGUAUGGAGACAUGGGUGAAUAACAUGGACGUCCCAAAGCUCGGGGGACUGGACUGGAAUGAGCUGGGGGCUAUAGAGAACGAAUUUGAUAUCAUCGACCAAGAUGGUUCUGACAGCGAAGAUCGUGUUGAAGAACUCAGGGCAAAAGAAUAUUGA